UUUCGCAACCACUUUUCGCAACAAGUGGUUUUACGCCCGCCCCCCGAUGCAUUCGGGUUUUUGAUGGCUCCGAGGGGACCAUGGAGAUAGCCUUGGUGAGCUUUGAGAACGGCGGUGCCAAGCGGACCGUGGCGGGGGGCAAUGCCGACGAAGCCUGCCGGAACGCGCUGGAUCAUCACCAACCCCAACCCCCUUUCCUGCAGACGGGACUCGGAGAGGACUACGGCAAGGAGCUGAACACCCUCAGCGGCUGCGGUGGUGGUGGAGGUUUUGGUGGUGGUGGUGGUGGACUUCAUCCACCUGCCCGGCGAGGCUCGUGGCGAAUCAACGACAUGAACAACACGUUCGGCUGCAGCGAGGGCUCCAUGGAUGCGCUUUUACGCGCGGACCACAGUCCGCACCUAUUCGACGAGGACACGCUGGAGCUGGACAACGUGGACCGGGACACGGAGUGCAACACGGAGCGCGUGCUCAUCAACAUCGCGGGGCUACGCUACGAGACGCAGUUGGGCACCCUGAACCAGUUCCCGGACACUGUACUCGGGGACCCCGCCAAGCGCAUCAAGUACUUCGACCCGCUGCGCAACGAGUACUUCUUCGACCGCAACCGGCCCAGCUUCGACGGGAUCCUCUACUUCUACCAGUCGGGCGGGAAGAUCCGGCGGCCCGUCAACGUGUCCAUCGACGUUUUCGCGGACGAGAUCCGCUUCUACCAGCUCGGAGAGGAGGCCAUGGAGCGGUUCCGCGAAGACGAGGGCUUCAUCAAGGAGGAGGAGAAGCCGCUGCCCCAGAACGAGUUCCAGAAGCAGGUGUGGCUCAUCUUCGAGUACCCGGAGAGCUCCAGCCCCGCGCGGGGCAUCGCCAUCGUGUCCGUGCUGGUCAUCACCAUCUCCAUUAUCACCUUCUGCUUGGAGACGCUCCCCGAGUUCCGGGACGAGCGCGAGCUCCAGGUGACGGGUCGCCUUGACAACAACAGCAACAGCACCGGCGGCGCCCCGCGUCCCUCGCUCACCUUCACGGACCCCUUCUUCAUCGUGGAGACCACGUGCGUGAUCUGGUUCACCUUCGAGCUGUUCGUGCGCUUCUUCGCGUGCCCCAGCAAGUCCGAAUUCUCCAAGACGGUGAUGAACAUCAUCGACAUCAUGUCCAUCCUGCCCUACUUCAUCACCGUGGGCACGGAGCUCGCGGAGCAGCAGGGGGGGCAGGAGCACCAGCAGAACGGCCAGCAGGCCAUGUCGCUGGCCAUCCUGCGCGUCAUCCGCCUGGUGAGGGUCUUCAGGAUCUUCAAACUCUCGCGCCACUCCAAGGGGCUCCAGAUCCUGGGUCAGACCCUCAAGGCCAGCAUGCGCGAGCUGGGCCUGCUCAUCUUCUUCCUGUUCAUCGGCGUCAUCCUCUUCUCGAGCGCCGUGUUCUUCGCCGAGGCGGACGAGCCCGAGUCGCACUUCUCCAGCAUCCCCGACGCGUUCUGGUGGGCCGUGGUCACCAUGACGACGGUGGGCUACGGCGACAUGAGGCCAGUGACCGUGGGGGGCAAGAUCGUGGGCUCGUUGUGUGCCAUCGCCGGGGUGCUGACCAUCGCGCUGCCCGUGCCGGUCAUCGUGUCCAACUUCAACUACUUCUACCACCGCGAGACGGACCAGGACCAGUCGUCGCUGAAGGACGACCCGCCCAACCCCGACCACGCGAGCCCCGAGGCGAAGCGCCGAGGUAGCAAGUCCUCCACCAAGUCAGAGGACGUGGAGCACAACGACGGGGGAGGCGGUGCGGAUAAGGCGAAGGACGCGAAGGGGAGCCGCGGAAUGGCCAUCAAGCGCUCCCUUUACGCGUUCUGCCUGAACACCAGGGACAUGGACCUGUAGUGUUUGAGACGUUCUGCUGUGGUUGUGACUGAGACGCUGUUAUAGUGUGCUGAAAGGCCUGUUUACUAGGGUGCUGUACGAGCCAAGGAUCCACACUUUGUAAUCCUGGAAAGGGAUUCAUUGACUGCGUAAAAUACGCACAAAUUAAAACCAUUGCCAUCCCAAACUCCGGUGAACAUUAUACCCCCAAGUUUCUAUAGGAUUCAUUAAGAAAUAUCCUUAGGGCCCAUAUUAUAAAACUAAAAACAUAACAUUUAAACAACAUAGCAUGCACUGCACAUCACCCCUUAAACCGCAAAAGUCCAGUUAUUUUUUAUGCUUUUAUGCUAUUUUGCAUUAUAUAACAAAUCAGAGUUAUGUUCGAAGUGAACGGCAUUAGUAGGACGUUUAUAAAGUGUUAGAGGGAGAGAGAGUGCACUGAUGAUUGAGACUCUGGAUGAUUACUUUACGCGCUUUCCAUUACGCACUGGAUGACUGGCAUCCGAGAGAGGGCCUUC